AUGCCACAUUUGCCUCAAGCAGCCCCUCUAAACAGACCCACAUCAGUGUCAGUACGCAGACCUUUCCCACUGACUCAUGGUACAACCACCCUUGGGUUCAUCUACCAAGGUGGAGUCAUUGCAGCAGCGGACACCCGAGCCAGUGCUGGGGGGCUCGUGGCCUGUCCAGCCGUUCAUAAGAUCACUCCCAUUCACUCCCAUUUAGUGGUCACCUCCUCGGGUAGUGGUGCAGACUGCAUGCUGUGGGAGCGUAUCCUCAUCAGGGAGAUCAGACUUUACCAACUGCGGCACGGGCGUCGCCUCUCAAUACGGGCCACUGCUAAGCUUCUCUCAUUUAUGCUGCAUCCCUUUAAAGGCACUGAAGUGUGUGUGGCACUCACUCUGUGUGGCUGGGACAAGAAUGGCCCAAAGAUUAUUUAUGUAUGCAGUGACGGAGCCCGUCUUCAAGGAGAUGUGAUGUCUGUGGGCUCAGGUUCUCCUUAUGCGUAUGGGGUCCUGGAUGUGGGUCUGCAGAAGAGCUUGAGUAAAGCAGAAGCCAUUGCCUUGGCAAGAGAAGCAGUGUUCAGAGCAACUCACAGAGAUGCCUACUCGGGGAACAACGUGGAUCUUUUCCACAUCACAGCUCAGGGAUGGACCCAAAGACCAAGGGAGAACCUCAGGGAGGAAUAUUAUAGAGACAUGGAAAGCAAAGGCAGAAUUUUUAAAUAA